GAAUCCACUUUUAAAAAAGUGUUUCCCCUUAUUCAUACUUGUGGACGGCUUGAAUAACAACAUAUCUCACUUUUGUUUUUUUCGAUUUUCCCAUAUAAAACUGUAUAUAUUUGCAUCUUAUCAUCAAUAGAUACUUACCCUUCACUUGGUCACAAGUGAUACAAAUUAAUUGUGAUCAGUAAAAAUGGUUAAAGUUGUCCAUUUUAGUUGUUUGAUGGUAGCGGUGGUCUUUUUUGGGAUAAACCUCACUGAAGCGAAAUAUAUCGGAGGUUACUACUGGUCCGGAGCCUCCAUAGUCCUAAAAUGCGACAACUUAAACGCGAGCUUACUUACCCAUUUGUAUUAUGCUUUUGUGACCGCCAACGAGGAUGGUUCUUUGACUGUGCAAAACGCCCAAAAAGGAUAUGCCAAUGAUCUUUUGAGCCUAAAGUCGUCAAAUCCAGAUCUCAAAUUGCUGUUCAGUUUCGUGGCGGACAACAACGGUAGUUUUUCCAAAGUGGUGGCCGAUAAAAAUUUAAGGAAAACGUUUGUCGAUAACGCGUUAGAGUUGGUGCAACAGUAUCAGUAUGACGGAAUUGAUUUUGAUUGGGAAUUUCCUCAAGACAAGGAUAAGGUAAAUUUUACAGCUCUCCUAAACGAAACUUAUACAGAAUUCAAAAAAUAUAACUACCAAGUAACUGCUGCAGUCAGAGCAAUUCCAGUCUACAAGAACAGUGGAUAUGAUAUUCCAGAAGUAGUCAAAUAUUUGGACGUAAUAAAUAUUAUGACGUACGAUUAUUUCGGAUCCUGGAGCAAUACCACUGGCCAAAAUUCUCCAUUAUAUCCGUCUUCUUUGGAUAGCGCAUAUGAAAGGGAAUAUUUGAACAUUGAAGCCUCCAUUAAAAAUUGGGUUGAAGCUGGUGCUCCCAAGGAAAAAUUGGCAGUCGGUCUGCCAUUUUAUGGGAGAACUUUCACCUUGGCAGAUCCUACGAACCAUGGAGUCCACGCUCCUAGUUUGGGAGGAGGCAGUCCUUUGGCUCCUACCUACUACCAAAUUUUGAAAAACUACCAGAAUUUUACUACCGAGUGGAACGAUGAGCAAAAGAGUCCUUAUAAGUACUCGAACACCACUUGGUUGGCUUAUGAGAAUGAACGGUCUAUCGCUAUAAAGACAAGGUACGCCGUUGAAAAUGGCAUGCAAGGAGUGUUUUUAUGGCACUUAGGCUGUGAUGAUAUAUACGGUGAAUAUUCCUAUGAGAAGCAAGUACUACUUCACACUAUAAAUAAGGUAUAUAGGAAUAAAUAGAUCGAGUUCUAUACUGUUAAA